AUGAAGGGUAAUGAUGAAGCACAAGCUCCUGAAGAAGAAAAAGGAAAAAGCACCUUAAUCCCAAAAUUGGUACAAACUCUCCCCAAAAUAACUCCUCCAUUUGCCCAACGUCUUAAGAAGAAAAAUGAGGAUGAAAAGUUCAAGAAGUUCUUAUCAGUGUUCAAGACAUUAUCGAUUAAUCUCCCACUAGUGGAAGCAUUGUUGGAAAUGUUGGGUUAUGCCAAGUUCAUGAAGAAGUUAGUCACAAAGAAAAGAAUCUUGGACUUCAAAACAAUUGAAGUGUCUCAUAGUUGUAGUGCGAUUAUGACUAAUGAGAUGAUUAAAAAUAAAGAAGAUACAAGAGCCUUCACCGUUCCUUGCACUAUCGGUAUGCUCCAAUUUGCCAAAGCUUUAUAUGAUUUGGGGGAAAGUAUAAAUCUAAAGCCUAUCGCAAUCUAUAAACAACUUGGGUUGAGUGAACCGAAAUCCACAACAAUGAGGCUUCUGAUGGAAGACAGAUCGAUCAAGCACCCCCUGGGGAUACUCUAUGAUAUAUUGAUUGAUACUGAAAUUCCCAUUGUUUUGGGAAGACCAUUUUUAGAAAUUGGGAGAGCGUUAGUAGAUGUUGAAAGCAGACAAUUGAAGUUCUGGGUGAAUGAAGAUGAAGUCACUUUUAAUGUGUGUAAGUCAAUGAAGCACCCAAGAGAUAUUCAUUUGGUUUUGACUAUUGAUGUAAUUGAUGAAGAAAUGGCUAGUGUGAGCCAUUUGAUGUGUAUGAGUGAGUCACUUGAGGAUAUGCUUGCAAACUAUGAUGAGUUCAAAUUCCAAGGUUACUAUGAGGUGGUAGCUUCCCUUUCGGGAUUGGGGGAAUAUUUAAAGAAUCCAUUUAAGUUGGAUAUUGAUAUAAAAAAUUGA